AUGGUCAAAUUCCUGACUAUCGCCGCCCUGGCGACGGCUGGCAAGUGCACUCUUGAGAAGGAUGUUGUUGUCAUUGGUGGAGGUGCUUCCGGCUCUCACGCUGCAUUCCGCCUCCGCGAGGAUUACGACAAGAGCAUCCUCUUGAUUGAGAAGCGAGACCAUCUUGGUGGCCACGUCAACACUUAUGACGCCGCUUCAGGCAACAGCUACAAUUACGGCGUCCAGUCGUUCGUUGAUGUCCACGGUGCCGCUGAGUUCGUCAAUGAGCGCCUUGGUGUUAAGACUGCGGCUCCUGGCCGCACCUCUACUACUACCCGCUACCUGGAUUUCACCACCGGCGAGGAUGUUGUUUACAGCGCCCCUACUUCUGCUCAGUUGAUGGCGGCCCUUGCCAAGUAUGCUGAGAUCUGUGCCCAGUACGAGGACAAGCUUCUGCCUAGCUUCUGGGAUUUCUGGGCGCCCGAGGACAUCCCCGAUGACCUGCUCCUCACCUUCGGCGACUUCGUUGAGAAGUACGAACUUGAGGCCCUCGUUCCUACACUCUUCAAAGUUACUGGAAUGGGUCUCGGAAACGUUUCCAACGUCCUGACAAUUUGGGUCAUGCAAGCCUUUGGUGGCCCCAUGGCCCGAUCGUUCCUCGGCACCCAGUCCACUUUCGUCCCUGCUUCCGGCCGCAACCAGGACAUCUACGAUGCCUUUGCUGAGAAGCUGGGCGAAGAUGUCAUGUACUCCGCAACUGUUGUGAGCGCCAAGCGUUCUGACGAGGGCGUCCUGCUCACCGUAAAGAGCAACAACAACCAGACCGUCACCGUCAAGGCCAAGCGUCUCCUCCUUGCCAUUGAGCCCACCGAGAGCAACCUUGCACCCUUCAACCUGGAUGACGAGGAGCACGCUGUUUUUGACAAGUUCUCCUACUCUGCCAUCGGUGCCGGCAUUGUAUCCAACCCGAGCCUGCCCACCGGAUAUUCUCUAAACAACCUGCCCGCCACUGCUUCUCCCAACAACUGGCUUGUCCUCCCCGAGCUGGACUUUACGGCCCGCUUCGACUACAUGGGCACCGAGGAAGGCGAGGGCCGAGAUUACUUCCGUGUUCUGGUCAUCGGUGACGGCAACCUCGACAGCACCGGUGCUAAGGAGCUGGCGCAGACCAACUUCAACGCUCUCAUCAAGGCUGGCGCCAUCGACACCCCCGACUCUUCCGAGUUGGAGUUUGUUGCCUUUGCCGAACACGGCCCCAUGCACGCCCGCGUGUCGGCCGAUGAACUCAAAGACGGCUUCAUCCAAGACCUGUAUGCCCUUCAGGGCCUCCGAUCCACCUGGUGGACCGGUGGUGCCUGGUUUGCCCAGUUCCAGACUCACCUCUGGUGGUACAACGACAUUCUCAUUCCCAAGCUGAUCGAGAACAUGUAA